AUGAACAUGAAGGUUUGGGUAAGGAGCCUGUCACUUUUACUGGGGUUUUUCACUGUUCAAAUGAAGGCAAAUGGAACAGAAGUGAACACAGCAAGAUGGGGCUCAGCCAAUCAGUCGACAACAUAUGCAAACUGUGAUGCUCAAAGAGCACUGGAUGGGAAAAACUCCACCUGCACUCAUACAGAUACACAGAGUGACCCGUGGUGGAAGCUGGACCUGAUGAAGACGUACAGUGUGAACAGAGUGACCAUCACUAACAGACUCGACUGCUGUGAAAGCAGAAUAAACCGGGCAGAGAUUCGGGUUGGAAAUGAUUCUUCAGAUGUUUUUAUCAAUCCAAUAUGUGCUGUAGUUUCUACUAUUCCAGCAGGAGCUACCUACAGCUACUCGUGUUCUGGGAUGGAGGGACGUUACGUUACUGUGAAUAUUCCUGGAACUUCACAGAUUCUGACUCUCUGUGAAGUGGGAGUCUAUGUGAUUUUUCCAGGUAAUUUGGCGACAGGAAGAACCGUCACACAGUCAUCAACCUAUGGCACCUGGUUUGCUCAAAAAGCUAUUGAUUUCAAUCCAGGUUUCAUCAAGCCAUCAUCAUCGUGUUCCUCAACCACUGCUCAGACUAACCCAUGGUGGAGGGUAGAUCUGCGUUAUAUUUACAGAGUAAGUAGAGUUGUCAUCACAAACAGACUUGACUGCUGUCCAGAACGAAUAAAUGGAACGGAGAUUCGCAUCGGGAAUUCUUUGGAGAACAACGGCAACAACAAUCCCAUAUGUGCUGUGAUCUCUAGCAUUCCAGCUGGUGUUUCCUCCACCUACACCUGUAAUGAUAUGGAGGGUCGAUAUGUGAAUCUGUUCAUUCCUGGAGAUUCAAGGUUUCUUACUCUGUGUGAGGUGGAGGUCUAUGGAGAAGGUCCUGAACUGAAGAAAACCUUUGUGAAGAUGAAACUGAAGUCCAGCGGGAGUCUGUCUGCAGAGCUCCUGUCACAGCUUGAGUCUGCUCUGGAGAAACGAGGGAUUUCUGACGUGAAGCUGCAGUGGUCUCAACCGCCAGCUGCUCAACAGGAAGUGAUGCGGAAGGAAGACGCACCAGAUUUGUAA